AUGGUUCAGCAAGUGCUCUACCGAGCGCUGGUCUCCACCAGGUGGCUGGCGGAGUCCGUCCGGGCUGGCAAGCUGGGCCCUGGCCUUCGAGUGUUGGAUGCGUCCUGGUACUCGCCGGGCACCCGCGAGGCCCGCAAGAAAUACCUGGAGCGCCAUGUGCCCGGCGCCUCCUUCUUUGACAUAGAGGAGUGUCGGGACAAGGCCUCGCCCUACGAGGUGAUGCUGCCCAGCGAGGCGGGCUUCGCCGACUACGUGGGCAGUCUGGGCAUCAGCAACGACACGCAUGUGGUGGUGUACGAUGGUGACGACCGGGGCAGUUUAUAUGCGCCGCGGGUCUGGUGGAUGUUCCGUGUGUUUGGCCACCGCACCGUGUCCGUGCUCAAUGGUGGCUUCCGGAACUGGCUGAAGGAGGGCCACCCGGUGACAUCUGAGCCCUCACGCCCAGAGCCAGCCAUCUUUAAAGCCACGCUGAACCGCUCCCUGCUCAAGACCUACGAGCAGGUGCUGGAGAACCUAGAAUCAAAGAGGUUCCAGCUGGUGGAUUCACGGGCCCAAGGGCGAUACCUGGGCACACAGCCGGAGCCAGAUGCAGUAGGACUGGACUCAGGUCACAUCCAAGGCUCGGUCAACAUGCCUUUCAUGGACUUCCUGACAGAGGAUGGCUUUGAAAAGAGCCCGGAGGAGCUCCGUGCCAUGUUCGAGGCCAAGAAGGUGGACCUCGCAAAGCCCCUCAUUGCCACAUGCCGGAAGGGUGUCACUGCCUGCCACAUUGCCCUGGCCGCUUACCUCUGUGGCAAGCCCGAUGUGGCCAUCUACGAUGGCUCCUGGUUUGAGUGGUUCCAUCGGGCACCCCCGGAGACCCGGGUGUCCCAGGGGAAGGGUGGGAAGGCCUAG